AGAGCAGGCAGAGGAAUCCCCCCCCCCUUCUCUCACCUUCCUCCCACCCUGCACAUCCAUAAUUCAGCAUUUGCGCCUUCGCCACACAACCCACCCCUCCCUCCUGUCUCUUUCAUCCCAUUGCUUUGGCUGCUGGCGUGCGCACCACAGCGCGGCGUCCACAAGCCCGAGUGCCCGCCGUCAGCAAUCCGGCCAUCUGGAGCUCCACGUCGAGCGGCGCAGGAAAUCCAGGAUGGCCCGCGGGAUGCGCCGCCGCGCUUGGUAGAGCUGCGCAGACGUUCACGUCCGUUUGCAAACGACAUGAUGUAAACGGAUGCAUCUUUCUCUUCGUUUAAACCUUCAGCUUUGGGCCAUGAGCCUGAGCGGAUCUACCUGGGCCGCCGUUUCCCUGGUUUGGACUUAGAAUCCUCUUCUGCUGGGACCGCCCCACGCAGCGGCGGCCAGCCGUGCCGCCGGGAACACGGGGGGGGGGAGAUAACUUUACAAAAGCACGCGCCACCAUGAGGAUGUCGGCCACCUCCUGCCUCUGUCCCUUCCUGGUGUGCCUCUGUUUCAUCCAGAGGUGCUGCGGGGCGAGCCACCACGUCUCCGCCAAAGUGCCCUCCAAGAACCAGACCAAACUGGCCAACGGGGAGACGGAGGUGCACCACCGGCCGAAGCGCGGCUGGAUCUGGAAUCAGUUCUUUGUUUUAGAAGAGCACUUGGGACCAGAGGCGCAGUACGUGGGAAAGCUCCACUCAAACUCCGAUAAAGGCGACGGAUCCGUCCGGUACAUUCUGAGCGGCGACGGAGCCGGGACCAUAUUCAUCAUCGACGAAGUGACGGGGGACAUUCACGCCACUAAGAGCCUGGAUCGCGAGAGGAAGGCACAUUAUGUCCUGCACGCACAAGCCUUGGACCGCAACACGGAGGACGCGCUGGAACCAAAGUCGGAAUUCAUCAUCAAAGUCCAAGACAUCAAUGACAAUCCACCCAAAUUUCCGGAUGGACCCUUUGUAGCUACGGUGCCCGAGAUGUCUGAACUGGGCACUUCUGUGUUGCAAGUCACAGCGUCGGAUGCGGACGAUCCCACCUACGGAAACAGCGCCAGAAUCGUCUACAGUAUUCUACAAGGACAGCCCUAUUUCUCCGUCGACCCCAAAACAGGGAUCAUCCGGACGGCGCUGUCGGACAUGGACCGGGAAGCCAGGGAACACUACACCGUCGUCAUCCAGGCCAAAGACAUGGCGGGGCAGGUGGGGGGGCUCUCCGGCUCCACCACCAUCAACAUCACCCUGACAGACGUCAACGACAACCCGCCCAUGUUUCCCCAAAAGAAUUACCAGCUGUACGUCCCUGAAUCGGCUCAAGUGGGGAAACCGGUGGGGAAGAUCAAAGCCAACGACGAGGACCUUGGCGUCAAUGCAGACAUCAAGUACAGCAUCAUUAACUCCGAGGGGGCAAACACGUUCUCCAUCUCCUCCGAGAGAGACACGAGAGAGGGCGUCGUCAGCCUGAAGAAGCCUCUGAACUACGAGAGGAAGAAGAGCUACACGCUCCACAUCGAGGGCACGAAUACGCAUGUGGACCCUCGCUUCUCCUACCUCGGCUCCUUCAAAGACACCGCCACCCUCAAAAUCACCGUCGGGGACGUGGACGAAGCGCCGGUCUUUUCCAUUGACCAUUACAUCAUGGACGUGUACGAGAACUCGCCGGGCGGCACGGAGGUGGGCGUCGUGACGGCUCGAGACCCCGACAGCAGGAACAGUCCCGUCAGGUACUACUUGGACAGCAAAGAGGAAGGAAUGAGGUACUUCAGGAUCGACGAAGGCAGCGGACUCAUACGGACCACGCGGCCUCUGGACAGAGAAGACGCCUCCUGGCACAACAUCACCGUGAUGGCCUCGGAGGUUGACAGCCCCAGCCUCCUCAGCCACGUCCCUGUUACGGUCCAGGUGCUGGACGUCAACGACAACCCGCCGGAAAUAGCCACGGACGAGGAGGUCAUCGUGUGCGAGAGCUCCAGGCCGGGACAGGUGAUCCAGACCGUCACAGCGGUGGACAAGGACGACUUUGCCAACGGACAGCGGUUUUCUUUCGCUUUGCCGAGCCUGCUGCCGGUUAAUCCCAACUUCACCCUGAAGGACAAUGAAGACAACACAGCCAGCAUCAUUGCCAGGCGGCGGCGUUUCAACCACCUGACCCAGGACCUGUACGAACUGCCCAUCGUGGUGCGGGACGGCGGGGAGCCGUCGCUGAGCGGCACCAGCACCUUGACCCUGCGCGUGUGCCCCUGCCAGAGCCACGGCAGGGUCCGGAUGUGCCAGGGCGAGGCCUUCCUCUCCUCGGCGGGCCUCAGCACGGGGGCUCUCAUCGCCAUCCUGCUGUGCAUCGUCAUCCUGCUGGCCAUCGUGGUUCUCUUCAUCACGCUGAGGCGGAGCAAGAAGGAGCCCCUCAUCAUCUCCGAGGAGGACAUCCGGGAGAACGUGGUCACCUACGACGACGAGGGCGGAGGGGAGGAGGACACCGAGGCCUUCGACAUCAUCGCCCUCCGCAACCCGGCCGCCGCCGAGGAGCUCAAGUUCCGACGGGACGUCCGGCCGGAGGCGAGGGAGGACCGCUGCCCCGAGGCGCGCGGCCGCCGCAGCGCCUCGCUGGAGCUGGACGAGGAGGACGUGUACGAGUUCAUCAAGCAGAGACUGGUGGAGGCCGACGUGGACACCAGCGGGCCCCCCUACGACUCCCUCCAGACCUACGCCUACGAGGGCCAGGGCUCCCCCACGGGGUCCGUGAGCCCGCUGGACACUCCCGCCACGCAAUCAGAGCAGGAUUACAACUACCUGGACAACUGGGGGCCCGAGUUCCAGAAACUGGCAGAACUCUACGCAGAGGUGGAGUUGGAUGCGACGACCUGAUCUGUGAUGUCACCGCUUUCAAAACGAAUCGGUUUCAAGUCCGUUUUUUUUUUUUUUUUUAAUCGUCCGUGAACAAUAUGAGCAGCGAUGCUCUCAAACUCGUUCCUGUGUUGAACUGAAAUGAUGAUCUGCGAUUUUUGGGGUUUUUUCUUUUCAUUUUGUCACUUUGGAUCGUGGGUCGUUUGUCUGGAAGUGUUAAAUCAGAUGAUGAGACGGAAGAAUGACAAUAUGAGGAAAAAGGAAGAUGAUAUUUUCCUUGGUGUAUAUUUUUUAUUGCUCAAUAAAGUCCCGAAAUCCAUAUGGUUGGAUAUGUGAGAAAAAUAAAUUGUACAUUUGUCUUCUUCA